GGCUCRAAAUGAUUGCGCCAGUACAAAAAUAAUUUGCCAUCAUCUCUAAAUAAAUCUCUCUWGGACCUUGGUGUUUCCUUGCGUAAGAGCUUUCUUUGAAGCCACAGUGAUCUCGUCAGUUGAAGAUUUAGAUAUUCAUUAUUAAAUACUACCUGUAAGUUGUUUGGGCGAUGGCAGAUAUCGAGAACGAGAACGAGAACCCAGAGUCGCACGACUUUAUAAACGUCGAUAAACCCGAAGCAGACGUUGKAGCUGAAGAACCAAGUGAACCUCAAGUUAGUUCUACUACAGAAGACAUGGAUUCUACUAAACCUGAGGAUGAAGAAACUUUUGAGAAGCAGGAGGAGAAUAGUGCUCCAGAGGAACCGCCAAAAGUAGAACCUCCAGAGGAAAAGCCAGCAAUUCCUGAUUCAUCUUCGCCUUCUACCAAAGAACUUACAAGCUUCCCAGCUCGAUGGAUGAAGGAAAACAACGUGGAUCAGAGAGUGAUUGACCUUAUUUACUGGCGAAAUAUCAAGAAAUCAGCAGUGGUGCUUGCUCUCAAACUAACAGUACUCAUAUCCCUCACCAUGUACUCACUCUUGAGUGUGAUCACAUUCUUCUCCAUGGCUUUGCUAACAGUUGCUCUUCUUUAUCGUGUUGGGAUGACUGUCAUGGGAGCAAUUCAAAAGAGUGGCACAGAAAAUCCCUUCAAGAAUUGGUUGGAAAAGGAUAUUGAGAUUUCCAAGGAAAAGGCAUCAGACUUCACUGAACUCAUUGUAUCCCGUGUCAACUGUGGAACUAAAAGACUUAGAAGACUCUUUUUGGUUGAGGAUAUUGUGGAUUCCAUCAAGUUUGGUGUCAUUCUGUGGGUGCUGUCAUAUGUUGGAGCAUGGUUUAGUAUGUUAACACUGAUGAUUGUUGCCACAGUUCUGUCAUUCUCACUUCCAAGGGUUUAUGAGGACCACCAGGACAAAAUUGAUGAAGUCGUGAAGAAAGUACAUACUCAAUUGAAAGCAAUCAUUGAACAGGCCAAAUCCAAGCUUCCAGAAAAGCUGCGACCCAAGGAGAAGACCACCUAAACUUUAUUUGGCCACAUAUCAAGAACCCUCAAAACAAUAUCCAACAUUGAUGCUAUUCAAAGUUUACAAUCCGCCAUUUUGUUUGAUUCGGCGUGAUCGAUCCUUCAGAGGCGUUGCAGAAGACUUACUUUUGUUUUAGCAAUUGGACAGCAAAUUAAUUCAAAGAACUAUACAAUCUAAGUAGUUUCGGUUAGAUAUUCUUUGGGUGGACCGAGUAUUGAACUGUGUGGUACACCACAAAUGCUCAAGAAGAAGCCUAGAGCAUUUUAAUCAUUUGUGUUCAAGGUUGUGUAUCAGUUAUAUCCUUGUCAGUAAAGUUAGUACGUGCUAUGUGCAAGAAAUCCUAUUAGGUAUUUCAGCACGCUUAGCGUAGCCCAACUCGUUUAAACCUGCAGCAUAGUACGUCGGUCCAAAGGGUCAUAAACUUACUUUUACUUAGCCUGCGUGGCGGCUCUCCUCCCCUAUCCCCUAGAGCCGCCUCGCCACGCAGACUAGCUUUUACUGGGAUUAUAUACAAACUUCUUAGUUUAUUCGGUUUCUUUUUCUAUUUGCUUUAAAAUCUAGUAUCUAUUUUCGUUUUUUUUUUUUAAUGCUAAAAACAAGUGCGUGAUUAGAGCCGUAGUUCAUACUUUUAAAAAAAUUGCUAAUAAUCGCUAGUACCUAAAUUAGAGUUCUGGAGAGUUGUACAGACAAAAAUAAGGAUUUCUUUGUCAAGUCGUUAUUCUCAUGAUUGUAUACAUAUAUCUUUCCAAUCCACAAGAAAGUACUAUACCAAGCCGUUGCAUGAUCGGUAUGAGCUGUCGCUCCAAGGACACAGCUUCUAACUACCGCUAUUAUGCUUCGUAGACGUUGAACUGUUUGGUUUCUGUGGUUCUGUGUUUGCUUAGUCGAUGUAUUUAAAUACGCAAACGUAGUUAACGUGUUCAAA